AGAAGUUCGAUGCUCGUGAAGGUGAUGUAUAUACCUGGUGUGAUCGUUGCUAUAGAUGUCACAAUGUUAUAAACUCGAGAUCCUUCGCGCGUUUCAGUUCGACGAGAAUCAUUGUCAACCUCCUCAUUGGAUAUUCAGCGUUUUUCUGGGCUGUACUCUCGCAAUUUACCAGCUGAAUCAAUCAAGAUGAGAAAGGGACGACAGAAUGUUGCUUUCAUUGGAGAUGAUGGACACACAACUAACGAUUUUCAACGCGCCACGACAGGUGACGAUGGAAAGUUUCAAGAUAACAGUUCCUACAGUUUCGCCUAUGAAUUACAGGAAGAUCGCAAAUUGCCACUCUCUUUGAUGCUUUCUGAUGAAACAAUUACAACGGAUAAUGAAAUGAAGAGAGAUACCUGGGGCAAUGGAUUAGAAUUUCUAAUGUCCUGCAUCGCCAUGUCCAUAGGUCUGGGCAACGUUUGGCGAUUUCCAUUCACAGCUUACGAGAAUGGCGGUGGGGUAUUUCUAAUACCUUACAUCAUCGUCUUGUUCCUCGUUGGGAAACCAUUCUACUAUUUGGAGAUGAUCAUGGGGCAAUUCAGCAGUAGGUCUUCGGUGAAAAUGUGGUCAGCAGUACCUGGAUUUCGAGGUGUUGGCUGGGCACAAAUGUUCUCGAUGCUCGCGGUAGGAACAUACUAUUGUUUUCUGAUGUCGAUAACCCUUUUUUACCUCAUUGCAAGCUUUCAAUCCUCACUGCCUUGGUCCACGUGUUUGGAAGAAUGGGGAAAUUCUUGCUCCGAUUCGGGAAGCUCUUAUAACAUCAGCAAACGAAAUAGUACAAAUAUGACCAGUUCUGCUGAAUUUUUCUUCAGAAAAACUGUGCUGAAAGAAAAACAUACUAUUCAGGAUGGCGUCGGAUUGCCAGAUUGGAGUCUGACAAUUUGCUUGUUUAUUGCGUGGGGCUGCAUAUUUGCUGUCUUGGCACGUGGUGUGAAGAGCUCAGGGAAAGCGGCCUAUUUCCUCGCGAUCUUUCCUUACAUCAUCAUGAUAAGCUUGCUGGUUAGAGCGGUUACCUUAGACGGUGCUGUGAACGGGAUCAUUUUCUUUAUAAAACCGAACUGGGAGAAGCUGUUCGAUGCACACGUCUGGUACGCGGCUGUUACACAGUGUUUCUUUUCACUGUCGGUCUGCUUCGGCGGUGUCGUCAUGUACUCGUCGUACAAUGACUUCAGACAUAACAUAUACAGAGAUGUCUUAGUUGUAACGACGUUGGAUACGUUCACAAGUUUAAUGGCUGGCUUCACCAUUUUUGGUAUCCUUGGAAAUUUAGCUCACGAACUAGGUACCGAAGACAUCAGCAACGUUGUUCGUGGUGGAACCGGUCUUGCUUUCGUCUCUUAUCCAGAUGCCAUUGCAAAGUUUAAUGUUCUACCGCAACUUUUCUCGGUACUCUUUUUCUUGAUGCUUUACGUCCUCGGAAUCGGAAGUGCCAUCGCAUUGGCCGGUGCUAUUAUCACAAUUAUCAGCGAUCAAUUUCCAAAUUGGAGGUACAUAUACAUAGUGACCGGUACAUGCACCUUUGGAUUUUGCGCUGGAGUCAUUUAUUGCACGCCCGGUGGCCAGUUUAUACUGGAAUUGGUCGAUUACUAUGCUGGAUCCUUUAUCGUGUUUAUUUUGGCUACUCUUGAGAUAAUUGGAAUUUUCUGGGUAUAUGGCCUGGAGAACUUUUUGGACGACGUGGAGUACAUGUUAAAAAGAAGGCCAUCGGUUUAUUGGAGACUUUGUUGGACUCUUGUUGUUCCGAUAUUACUGGCUGUGAUCCUAGUGUAUACCAUAAUCAAUCUGAAACCUUUGACUUAUAGUGGUAUCUCUUAUCCUGAUAGUGCUCAUGCAGCAGGCUGGACAAUUUGCACGUUUGGCAUUCUGCAAGUUCCUUUCUGGAUGAUUUACGCUAUAAUCUCGAAAAGAAAUUUAUCUCCACUCGAGAUGAUCAAGUCGGCGUUUAAACCUUCGUCAGAUUGGGGACCGAAGAAUUCCAAAGAACUGGAUUCUUGGAUCGAAUUUAAGGAGACCAAAAGGAAAAUUCGAGAGAAACGUGAAUGUUCCAGAAUUAAACAGUUCGUUUAUGUAAUACUCUGCUGGGAAGAUAAGCUCGUGUAAAGAUGAAGGAAAACCUUUCACGAUAAUUAACAAUCUUCCUUCCUUCGACUGCUAAAAUAUUUAUCACGAAAGAACAACUUCGAAAAUGAAAUUGUCUGACAUAAACUUGACACUUGAUAGAUUUUGUUGAGAAACGAAGAAGAUAAUAUACAACUACAAAAAUCAUACACAUCUUUUAUAUAAAUCGAUCUCGAGAAACCGUUUAAUACAAAAAACAUGACGAAAUCGCUAAAACACAAUAGAUACGUUCAUUUUCGGAGAAUUUCUUUCGAUUCAAACUUGCCGUCUUAGAAAUAAUUCGUACCUGCGUAUUUUUUCGCUGUAAUUAGGUUGUAGACUUAUAGAACAAAACACGAUUGAGUUUUUUCUUUUUGUAAAGUAAGGACACUCUUUGUUAGUAAGAAAGCUUAUUUUUAUCACGGAUAAACGAGAAUUGACGAAUAUUUAACUCUUUCACUGUUGCCAAAGCGACAAGUAUUAUUUCAUAGUAUUUCCUUGAAUCUGUUAAUAUGUGUUAUAAAUUUUGUUAAAGAAAUACGUAUGUAUUAAAUUAGAUUUCUUCUUCUUUUUUUAACACGGUUUACUUUAACAAUUAACACGAUUAACACUGGACCUGAAACUGAUGUAAAACUGAAUCUUCCUCGUAGAACGUAUUUGCAGCUGAAAGGGUUAAAACAACGAUCAAGUAAACAUAGAAUUAUAAAAUGACAAUUUAAUAAAUUAAAUACACACUUACAAAUAAUAUAUGUAUGUUCGUCGUUCUCGAACGAAACAUAGUUCUCUUCUGGUGUCAUAUACAUAAAUACAGUAUUAAUUACAAGAGAUAUAGGACUCGUGCUAUAAACUGCAUUUAGGAAAUAUUUAAGCGAACGUAGUUUUAUUUAUUAACAUUCGAAUAGGUUUUAAACGCAAUGUAUUUCAAAAAUAAAUAGAUAUUAGCAACAAUAAAA